GCAGCUGGAGCGCUGGUCGAGGCAGGCCCUUGAACAACAUCAUCAGGAAAUUCAUAAGUUAAAAGAAAAAGUUAAAUCCACUACUGACUUAUCAAAUUGUCAAUUAGGAAUCACAGAAUCGGCAAUGAAUAAAAUAAAAAAUUUGGAAAGUGAACGUGCAAAAUUGGAAUCAAAAGUACAUAAAAUGGAAGCUGAACUAACAUCAUAUGAACUUUCUCAAGAAAUAUUACGCCAAGAUAAAAAUGUGUUUCUAAACUUUCUGGAUCGUUUAGGAAAAGUAAUGCAAAUGGAUGAUACAUCGCAUGAAGUAGGCAUUAAUCUUCAAAUAGAAGCACUGAUCGGACGAGUAGAACAAUUAGUACGAUUGGAAACUGAUAAACUAGUUGACAAGACAUCCAUCGUUUACCAACUUCAACGUCGAGUAAGAACAUUGCGUGAACAGCUUCAACGGCGUGAUCUACAUUUAGACCUUUUGCGUAGGAAACUUAGUCUUCAAGAAGAUACUGAACGCGUCAAGUCGAUACUGCAAAGUGAAAGAGAUGAGGCAAAUUUACGAAUCAAGAAGUUAAUGAAGCAACAGGGUCGGCUCCAUACACAGCUCACUGAAGAGAAAACAAAAAAUAGAGAAAUUAGUUCACAAUUGACGGAGGCAGCUGAUUAUAAGAUUUCAGCUUUAGAGCGGAGUCGCAAAAUAGAAGAACUACAAAAACGGCUAAUUGAGAGUGAAAUUUUAAGAACCCGGUUAAACCGUAAGCUGUCAAUGUUCAAAGAGCAAAUGCGAACCUUAAAUGAUACCGUUAAUCAAGAACGAUCGGUUAAUGAUCAUUCUUUACAGAUCUUACGAGAUGAACUUACACAAGCUAAACAAAUUAUAGCUGAGAUUACGCGCAGAGAAUCACAUUUGCAGAAUUUUCGUGUUUCUGUGGUCAAAGUAUUGGCUGAACCUUAUUGUAUUCCUGAUUACGAAAUAAUUUCACGCCUUCAAAAGAUGGUGGCUGCUCAUCGAGACUUGACAAUGCUAUCGCGUAAAUAUGAAGAGCCUUUAGAUCAUAGCACGACAAGAUGCACAAGUACUCACCAAAUUCAUCCAUCACGAUCUCCAUGUUCCGGAUACACACGUUAUGAAGACAGUGGGUAUGCUGAUCCACCAGAUUCGCAUGAAAUUGAGGAUAUUUGAAAUAAAAGACUUAUUUGAAGUAGUCUACUUUCAUAAAACAGACUAAAAACUGUUAAAAUCGUAAUAGCAAAGUUUAGAUUCGCACGAAGAUUAAUUUUUGAAAAAAAUAUAAAAAUAUAAAUAUUUUAAUCUAAUAGCUGGAUAAGGUGGUUACAACGUUGUAUUAUUUUUCUUUAGUUUAUAUUAUUUAAAAAAGAAUGAUUUAAACUGUUUCUUAAGAAUUAGUCACAUAAUCUAAAAAUAUUUGUAGAUGACUGAUCAGAAAAAAACCACGGGCAACUUCAUUGGCACAGAAUGCUUUUCCAAAGUGACAUUUUUCUGAUAUAAAAGGAUUCAAAGUUUUUUAGAAUUUUUAAUAAAAAUAGUAAAAACUUAAUACUUACUUAA